GAGUUAAGGAAUAGUCCAGGUUUGGCCAAGUGAACGUCGAGACAUCAUGCUUUCUGUAGCUCUGCUUUACCUCGUAGCCGUGAUUUGUUCUGCAACAUGGACACAUGCUCUGCCCCUGUACCCUGAAGCCAAUCUGGAUCCACAGCCAGAUUUCAUGCAGAAAUUAGUGUCAGAGGUGGAGGAUGGAGCCAACACUGCUGAGGGGGAGCAGAGAGAAGUGUUUCCUCUGCUGAUGCUACACAAUGGAGGGAGAGACUCCUGGAAUAAAGGGGAAAAAGAUUCAGCACAACAGGAGAAGUUUGUGAACCUGGUCGAGGACUUCAAAGAUGUGGUUUUGAAGCUGGCAGCGGCCGACAAGCUUCGCUCUCAGGGUUUUGUCCGAUCAGAGCAGAGCCUGCCAAAAACCAACAAAAGAGCAUGUUUCUGGAAAUACUGUGUGACCAACUAGAGCACACUGAGAGGACGUUUGGUACGAUUUCAGCUCGGCCUGGUUGGAAACACUCUCACUCUCUUUUGUCAUUUUUGUUUCCCAUCAAACUGUUUAUUUAUCGUCUAUACUGGUUGAACAGAAGAUAUAUUUUUGAAGCUGUAAAAUGGUCUUUUUUUGUGGCUGAAAAUAAACUUGAAUAUGAGAAAUGCCA